ACUUGACAUACACAAAAAUAUCCCCCUGAGCACUCACAGCAAACCUUGCCUUGCAGCAGUGGAAUGGAGAGUGGGACACCAUGGUUCAGAUGGCCUCCGCAGCUCCAAACGAAACUGAACCCAACCAGACCAGGUACAGGCCGCUGGAAGAGUUCCACAUCUUCGUCAUUGCCAACAUCCUGCACCGUCCUAUCGUGGUCUUUGCAGACACCUCAGUCCGAGAUGAUGAAGGCAACUCUUGGGCUCCGAUCCCGUUUGGCGGCAUCUACCUUCCCCUUCUCCAUACACCAGCAGAAUGUGUCCGCUCUCCGAUUCUCCUGGGAUACAACAACCAGCACUUCACUCCUCUGCUGACGACCCAGACACCGCCCCAGAAUGGUGCCUCUCCAUCUACACAGCAUCCUCCACAGACCAUCUCCUUGAUGAGGCAGACUGGGGAGAGGCUGCCAGUUCAGUACAUUCUCCCUGAGGAGGAGGAUAGAGAUGUGCUGUCUGAGUAUCUCAACAUCAUUCCAGCUGCAGACAGUAGUGAUGACACCCUGCUGGCUGCACUUGACAUCACUCCUCUCCCAGACCAUCUGAACCUCUUUAAGGACUUGGUUGAGUGUGACUGUGAAGGGACUCCCCAGCAAAGGAAUGGCUCUCUGACUCUGUCUUCAUUUCAGAAGCCAGUAAGCGUUGUACGUCCCCUGGCCAAAGCUACAUCUAACAGUCCCACAGACAACACUACACGCACAACUGAAAGUAUGCGCAUGCCUGUGCCAUGUACAGAGGAUGUGGAUGGACCACAAGCCAGUCACAGUCCAAUGGAUGAGAGCCUUCUGAGGAUGAAGCUUCAUCAAGGGGAACAAACUGCAACAGUGGUGAACCCAGAACAGUUGAGAAUGGCACCACCUGACUAUGCAGCAGCGACUGUACCACCACUGCCUAUUCAAGAAAACAUUGCUACCUUAUCAAACUUUGGACAAUCACAACAUACCAUAGCAGGACCUUCUGGCAGCUCAUCAGUCCAACCAAGGGCAUCUGCACCACCACUGCCGUCACAAAGGAACAUAGCCAAUCCUUUAAAUGGAGCAGACACUGGAAGAUCACAAGUACAGCAACAUGUAGCAAAUGAGGAAGGUCAGCACUCUGAUGGCAUGAUUAUGCAAGACAUUCACAGGACCCCAAAUGGUAGGAAUAAGAACUCUCAAAAUGAUGGAUCUGUGAGUGCAGCUUCCAGGCCAAGUUACGCUGCAGCAGUGAAAAGCAAUCCUGGACCCGUACCUCGACAAUCUGCACCAAAACCAAAACUUUUCUCCGCCCCACCCAGAAAACCAACCUGCAAGAAUCCAGAGUGCAAAGGGUCCCCCUGUCCCCAGAAUGGAGGGUACUGUACAAAGUGCCACAGGAAGAACUCAGCAGAGAAGAGGAGAGAGAGGAGAGAGAGUUUGACAUCUCGGCAGGGCAGCUCCUCUAGGGCAGGCACACCUGUACAUAUUGGUAGGACAGUCAACCAGAAGCACAAGCAGAAAGGAGCACAGACAAUGAAACCAAAGAGGCCUCAGACCGCAGUCACCUCAUCCUCAUCCUUGGUGGUACAGAAGUCUCAACAACAGCAAGCUAGAGGGAAGUCAACAGGGGAGCAUUCUGACAGAAACACUCAGCGUUCAGGCACACUAGGGCCACACCAAAGUUACAGUCCUGAAACCCCACCAAGUAAAGUAUUUGAAGCCUCCAUGCAAGCCAAGAGGAAUACAAGCAGCAUUCGAGGUAAACCUGCCAGCUUUGCCCGAACCUAUGCCACAGAUGUGCCUUCCCAAGUACAAUUACCUGGUCCUGCUCAAUACCCAGACCUUGGUGGAACCUGUAAGAUGGCAGGUUGUUCAGGACUAGGACUACCUCAAGCAGGCGGCUUCUGUCUGGACUGUUGGAGUAAACAGGAGGAUGCAGCAUUAGUCAACAUGCAGCAAAGCCAAACAGCCAAUAGCAGAGCUCAGGUCAGCUCUAGGGCACCCAGGAACAACUACAAAGAAGCUAAAAGAAAGGCAAACCUUCCUGCUAUGAGGAAUGGCGGGAUCAACCCAGCUCUACAGCCAUGCACAGCCCCAAGUUGUGAGGGUGUUGUGGAUGAACGUGUACAUGCAGCUCUCUGCCCGGAAUGUUUCUCCCAUCUGGAAAGGAGGAACAGCAGUCCAACUCAGAGUCAGGCUGGUAGUGGUGGUGCAGCAGAUAGCCUUAGGAGCCCCAGCACUUCCACAAGUGCUCCGUCACCUGUACAGCCAGCUGUACACUUUGCACAGGAGCCAAAUGUGCAGAGAUGUGUGACCAAGGGCUGCAAGAGGAGUGCCACAAGGGAGAACGGCUUCUUCUGCGGUAUACAUGCUGCAAGUGGGAACCUUCAACAGGGAUGGUCUCACCAUCAGGGCUCCACCAAUAACACAUCUCAGCAGUUCCAAUCAUACACCCAGCCCCCCUCUAUCUCUUCAAGUGCACCAAUAUCGCUCACUUUUAAUGGGACUGUUGAACAACUACAUGUUCAUCACCACCACUAUCCAGCCCAAAAUGUACCCCAGAGCAAUGGAACAGGUGGUCUUGAAUCACAGCCACGGUCUCCAUUUAGUGCCCAGGAAGCACCACAGAGUGGUCUCGGAAUGAGAGGAUCCGAGUCAAUGCCUUGGCAAUCCAACGGUUUUCCAUCUCGCAUGCACAAUAAUGGGGCAGCAGCUCCUGUGUCAGAGUAUGGUCCUGUCUGCCCAAAAUGUGGAAAACCUGGCAAUGCAUGGUUCAAUGACCUCUGCCAGAAAUGUCAGCAACAGCAACAAAAGUAGCACAACAAAAACUCUGAAAAUAGAAGUGCCAGAUAUACAUGUAGUAAUAAUCAUUUGAGACAUGCAGCAAACUAUUUUAGUCAUUGAAAUGUAAUUUGUAAAUAUGUGUACAAACAUGAUACAAGUAUAAAUCUUUGACAUGCCAAAGUUUGAAAAGAAAAAGAUUUUUAAAAGAUGAAAAAAAUAGCAAAGCAUACAAGAAUACAACAACAAAAUUAGUCUUAACCUAUUGACCACGGAAAAGUGGACCUAAAAAAAUGACUUUGCGACUUCAGCUUACAGAUGUGUCCUACCCCGGUAUGUGGCAGAGACUGCCAAUCUCAUAUAGGAAUUAAUGUUCUGCCAUUGA